AUGGUUGACUCUAACCCUCACUCGCCUCCUCCGGACACAGGCAUUUGUUGGGAAUGCAGCAGCAUCCCCACCUCAUCUUUUUUCGAAUCUUGGGCAUCGCUCCGCGAUAUGCGAUCUGGAGGCAGUGAAUUGUUAUUUCGUGGCACUUGGGAUGAAGUUCCGAAGGGAUGUGCCUUAUGCAACAGUUUGAUGGCUUACAUGGGGGUCCCUAGCGGAUCUGAAGACGACGCAGGCGAUUCUAGAAGAUUAAGAAAGAAGCAUAUAAGCAGCUACUGGACCUCUUUGGAGUUCCAGGGAACAAGUUUUCCAUGCUUCGCGAUCUUCACCUCGGCAAAGGAUGCAUAUUUUGCUCAGAGCAGUAUCCUACGAUCAGUGCCAACAAGUUUGGGUGAUAUCAUGCUUGCGAAAAGAUGGAUAUUCAAAUGCUCGCAAUCGCACGAGGAAUAUUGUGGUCAAGACAGUCCUUCUGGUUACCCCUUGAAGGUGAUCGAUUGUGCUUCAAGAAAGCUAUGCGAAAUUGCUCCUGGAACACCGUAUGUCUGCUUGAGUUAUGUCUGGGGCAACGCUUCUGUCGCCCAUGAGAUCUCUUCGGCCCUCUCGGGAUGCCUGCCCAAGACCAUAGAGGAUUCAAUAUGGGUCACGCUACAAUUAGGGUAUUCAUAUAUAUGGAUCGAUCGAUAUUGCAUCGAUCAACGAAACGAUGCCGAGAAGCAUCACCUUAUCAAGAAUAUGGGCGCCGUGUAUGGAGGAGCAACGCUCACAAUUAUCGCUGCAGCAGGGGAAAGUCCGCAUAGUGGUCUUCCUGGUAUCAAUGGAACACCUCGACGUCUGCAGUACAGUCAUGCAGUAGGGACAUCAGGUCAACGGAUUAUCAGCCUGGAGGUACCCAGAACUGAAAUACAGAACUCGUUCUGGAAUACUCGUGGAUGGACAUUUCAAGAGCUGGUACUAUCAAGACGUCGGUUAGUCUUCACAGGAUCACAGAUGUACUUUCAAUGCAACAGCAUGCAUGGCUUGGAGAAUCUACCUUCACGGCACCCGGCCUCACCCAGCCCUGAUCCUUCCCUGGAGGCAGGAAUUUGUCACGAUGAUCUCAUAGCGUUUCCAAAUCUAGAUAUGAGGUCCACAGUACAGACGCUCUAUCUGCAGAUUGAGGAAUAUUAUGACAGGCGCCUGUCAUUCCGCGAAGAUUCCAUCAAAGCUGUCACUGGCAUCAUAAAUGCUUUCGAAUUAGGAAAAGGUAAUGAUCGAAUACGUGCCACUCAAGUAUUUGGCUUGCCGAUAUUCUAUAACCAGACGUCGCCUACUUUCUGCUUGCCAUCGGAGAAGAAGUGUAAUCUUACAGUUUUCACACCAACUUCAACCUUCGCAUAUAGUCUAACCUGGUCUGCGAUGCUGAACAAGGUUACAAGAUAUAGUGGUGUCACGGAUACUCUCUUUCCAUCAUGGAGCUGGGCUAGCUGCAAAGCCAAUCGCGCUCGAAUGAGUUCUCGUGGACUUACCUGGCAAGAUCCACUAGUGAGAUUUUCCUGCGAAGGAAGUUUGCAAGUUUGGAUUCAUGACGAGAGCGGAAGGAGCUUAGAAUUGAACCAUUACAUCAAGACGUUGGGCCAAGAAGACGAUAGAAAGCUUGUGCCAAAGAUUUCUAUCAGGAGCUGGGUGGUCCCAUGUGAAACAAAACUACUUGGGAAUGACGGGGCUUUGGCCUGGGGUUUCAAGACGAGGGAUACCAUCAUGCUAGAUAGUCCAUGGCAUUCACAGGUCUACGGCCUGGCUGCGAUAUACCUUGGAAGCGACCCGUCAUUGAGUGACACCGACGAUGAAAGCUGGAUAGAUGCAGUGUUACUGGUAGUAAGGAAGGUCGACGAUUCGACAUGGCGCCGGAUCGGUGUGCUUCGAUGCUCUCGUAAGAGAGUUUCGCAUAGGGAAAGUACUCUCGCCUGGUUCAAUCGUAUCAACCGAAAAGGCGGCUGGGAAAUGCGCACACUGUGUCUGGUCUAG